AUGAGGUGGUUGUUGCUGUUGAGCCUGAAAUUGGCGGUUAUUGUAAUUAUUCUGUUGGAAGCCGCCCUGAGAAUUAUUGUUAAAAUUCUGAGGUCUCUGAGAUUGGUCUCUCUACCCAAAAUUUGGGUGAUUCCUCCAUCCUUGAUUGAAGGUCUUAGAAUAGGGAUCAUUGUUGGGAUUUCUAGUAUCACUCCCCAUUUCCCCACUCAUCGAUGGAAGAGAAGGAAGACGCCGCUGCCAUUGCGCCGUACCGCCGUACUCCACGCCGAUGCUGUCGUCGUUCGUGGAGGAAGAGGAAUCAAGCGCGCCAGAGGAGAGUGGGAGAGGGACACCGCGACGGGCUGUUCUGCCGCCGCCCUGGGGCUCGCCGUCGAGCUGCUUUGCAGCGCCAACCAGUCCAUAGAGCCCGAGCCCGCGUCGCCGUCGUUCAUUCGCGUUCAGCCGCCGUCGCGUCCUGUUCACCGUCGCCGUCGAUCUUCCUGCCGUAACCUUGGAGUUUGCCCCGUCAUCGAGGAAGGCAGAGAUGAGGGAGAAGGAGCCGUGAACGCCACCGAGGUGGUUGCCGUCGCCGCUGCCAAGGUUUCUGUGGUCCAAGUCGCCAUUGAUGGAGAAGACGCCACUGAGGAGCCACUGUUGUUGGGUUGCUGCUCUGCCACCAAGGAGCCCGAAGAAAAACGCGGUAAGGAAGCUCCGUUGAGGCUAGUCACCAGCACUGAAGCCUUCAUGGUCGCUGCCGCCAUCAGAGCUGCCAUUGAAGCUAUUGAUUUGGUUCCAAUUCCUCCAUUUUUUAGACCUGUUGCCACUCUAUUUUCCCUGUUUAUUGCUAGAACUAUCACAGGGAUACCGUUGAUGCCCUCAGGAAACUGUUAGAGCUGCUGCUAUUGUUGAUGUGAGUUAGAAUGAAGUUGGAGUCACGUUUAAUUUUGUGGAUUUCGACUAAUUGAGGUAGGGGAUUUAACGUUUUUAAUUUAGAAUGCCCACCAAGUUAUUUGAAUAAGUGCAAAUAGUUAAUAAUGAUUAGGAAUUGAUUAAUUGAUGAGUAUUGUUUGAAACAUGUUUGAGAAUAUUUAGCUGUGGUGAUUAUUUUGAAUUAUAACUAGAAUUGGAUGCGGUUGAGAUUGUUCUGAAUUAUAAGUGAAAUUAGAUGCGAUUGUGAGUUGUAUUCUGAAUUGUUGAUUUUUGCGAUGAAUUGGCUGAGAUUCUGACCUUGAAUGAGUUACCUUGAAUUGUUCGAUAUUGAUUUGGAGAUUUAAUAUAUGAAUGGUUGUGAAAUGGGUUUGCGACAUGUUGGAAUUGGUUGAAAUGUGGCUAUGAAUGGUGAUUUAUUUGAUAUUACUUAUUAAACUGGAACAUGAUGAGUUAAUUAUUGGGAACCUGACGAUUUGUUAAUUGAGGAAUUGAGUUUGAAUUGUGAUUAGUUUUGUUGCGGUAAAUGAUUAAGUGGUGAUAUUGAUUUUGAUUUGAGGCUGUAACUGUUACCGAUUUUUCUGAUUGUUUGGAAUUACUGAGAAUCAUGUUAAUCGAUUAUGUUGAGCUGGUUGCCAUAGGCUGGUUUGCUUGAUGGUUGCAAAUUGACUGGAAUUUUGAUCUUUGACGGAUUUAUAUUGAAUUGAAUGAGGUGCUGGUUAUUUGAUAUAUUGUAACGGUAGUGGAUUCGAUUGGUGACUGAUUGAAGAUUGGUUUUGGGAAAAUAGUUAUGAGAUUUACUUUGAUUUGAGGUCGAGUAAACUCUAAUAAAAGUUGUUGUUGAGACUUAAUUUUGAGAAGUUUGAAUUGAUUAUAGAACUAGUUAUGAUUUUUCAAAGUUAAAGUGUAAAACUUGAUUUUCUGCAUUAUGUUUAAAAGAAGCCGGACACUUUGAAAAGCUAUAACUAUUUCUGUGAUUAUCGGAAUUGUGUGAGACCAAGUCCGGAUUGAGCUUGGGAAUAUAGGGAACUGGACUGCUGAAUUUGAGGCUUUUUCACUAAGUUUAUGGUUUAUGGUGAAUUUUUGAAUCAUGGAUGUCAAAUCUGGUUUUUCUGCUAAGCCUUUAACACAGCAGCAACUUGAUUUCUUUAGUGGAAAUUCUGCAUUUUGAAUUUUGAAAUGGAACCAAUUUUAAAUGAAACUUUGGUCCUAAUACUUUAAUUUCAUAAAAAUUUAGAAUUGUUAGAGUUGUGGUUUUAAAGUUUUGGAUUUUCAAAGAAAGAUGUUUUAUGCAGUAAAAGUCAGGCUUUGUUUUUGAAGUCAGUAACUUUGAGGCUUUAUAAUUUUUGAAUCUGGAAUGAUAUUGAGAUGCAACCAAUUGGAAAUGAAAAUUAAAUAUGUUUAGCAUAUGUGACUUAAAUUUCAGGGCUAUCCAUGUUUUAAUGAGUAAGUUAUGGGACUUGGAAGAAGAUAAGUUCAUUAACUUUUAAAACAGAAUUCUGCAGAAAAUUAGUCAGCUUCCAGGUUAUAUAACUUCUUCAUUAAAAAUGAUAUUGACCUGAAACCAAUUGGAAAAGAAACUUGGAUGAGUGAAGUUGAACUGUAUUAAUUUUCAAAGUCAUUGGAUUUAACUUGGAUUUUAUAUUGAAUUUUGAAUGUCACAUGCUGCUGCUGUUUUUCUGGUUUUACGCACUGCAGAGCAGUCUCGGUUUUUCCUUUAUUCCUAAGGCUAGAGAAACCAGAAAAUUAUGAUCUUCGGUUUGUUAGAAAGCUUAUUUCAAGAUGAACGCCUGGACAUAAAGUUUGCGCAAUUCCGAGUUCAUUUGCUAUAUUAAAAACAGAAAAGAAGGUAGGGUGUUAGGAAUGCUUGAGUAAGAGUUAUGAGUUCAUAAAAUUAAAGAUGAACCUUAGCGUUAUAUGGCUGAUUCAAUGUUAGAAUUUGCUUGUUUCUGAAUUGAAUUGAUAUUGGAAAUGUUGAAAAGAGUUUGGUAAAUUGUUUUGUUGGGACCCGUAAGGGUGGCUAAGCCCGAGUUUUAGGGGAGGUGCUGCCGGAAUUUUGUAAAAUCUGAGGUAUUACUUGAGAAAGAGUUUUACUUGAUUAUUUCUAAUGAAAGGUUAUGUUUUGAAAAGUGUAUAAUGAAUUUAAAAUAAAUGAUUUUCUUGAGUUAUAGAAAACUAAACUGAAAGACAGUUUUAAAGUUGGCUUGACUGAAGAUUGCCAAAGCAGAGAUUAUGAACUGAAUUGAUGAUUAAGAUUUUUACGAACGAAUGCUUGAGAAAGUUAAGAAUGGUUGUGGAAAAAUGUGUUAAGGAUUUAAAUGGCAAAAGAGAAUGGGGAACUGAUAUAUGGAUUGCUGAGAUUUAGAAAGGAAAAUGAAUAGUGAUAAAAGGCGGAAAAAUCCCACAAACUGUUAGUUAUUUAACUACGGGGAAAACCCAUGAAUUGAUAAUUGGUUAGAUUCGGGAAGUACCCACGAACUGAAUGAUCAUUGAUCUCGGGGAAACCCAUAAAUUGUUAUUUGUUUUAUAAGCGGGAAAAACCCACGGACUGAUAAUCAUUGAUUACGGGAAUAACCCAUGAAUUGUUGUAUGUUGAUCUCGGGUAUAACCCACGGACUGAAGAUCACUACGUUAUUGUGUAUUGAUCUCGGGGAAUAACCCACGAACUGAAGAUCACUAUGUUAUUGUGUAUUGAUCUCGGGUAUAACCCACGAACUGAAGAUCUCUGUUUUGUUUGUGAAUUGAUCUCGGGGACGCCCACGAACUGAAGAUCACUGUUUCCCCUUAUGCGUAUAUUAUGGGGUCGGGCUUUGCGCCGACUGUCGGUAGUCACGAAGGAGUGGUAUUCUUACCACCGACACAUAUGCACUAAGGACACAAAGGGAAGCCAUAUCUGGGACUUGUUCCUAGGUAAUGUCGGGAUGCAGGGUGUAAACCGACACGUGAGCUCAUGGCCUGCUUAGGACAGACAUGCAUCAUAUUAGUUGUGUAUUUGCAUUUGGUUGUAUUGCUUGUAUUACUUGUUUGUGAUUGUGUUGUUUGUCUUAUUGUAAUUUGUUUGUGUGUUGAAUUGAGUUUCUUACCUGUGCUAGUAGUUUGUGAAUGGAUAGAGAUGAUUAAUAUCUGUUGUUAUGACUUUGAAUCAAUUAUGUGGCUGAAAGGUAUUUAAUAUGACAAGUUUUGCAAUUGAGAUCAGUGUUGGGUUUGGAAAUUCAAAGAAAGUAAUUAUUUAACUAAAGUAAGAUUGACAAGUAUUUCAAAGGGUUUGACAAAGAUGGAUUAUUAAGCAAAGUUAAUUAUUUGCAUGUUAAUCAUUACUUUUACGGCAUUCCCAUUCCCUACUGAGAACGUGUGGUUUGUUCUCACCCCAAAUUUUCCACCCUUUCAGUGACACAGGUUUGAAGACGCAAUUUGAAGCUGCGAGCGAUUAGUAGGCUUUCUUUAUGGUUUUAAUUGCUUGCAUAGAGUCCCCUCGCCGAUUGUCCCUUGAGAUUUUAUUUCAUAUAGAGGGGUAGGUUUGGUAUAUUGUAUAUGAGUUUUAUUUGAAAUCUUUUGUAUGACAGAUAUUAUUAUUAAUAAUUAUGUGAUUAUUAUUACUUGGUGAUGCUUGAUAUAUGAUUUUAGUUAUCAAAAACAAAAUUUUCUGGUAUUUUUACUAAAAUUGAAUCGCGAUAUCGAACUAGAGGCUCAAUAGUAAAUAGUUAAUAAAGGGAAGCAGGUUGGUAACGCCUUACUUUCGGUACGAUCAUGACGUUCUAGAAGUUGGGUCGUUACAAUAUGGUAUCAGAGCAGUUCGUUCCUGUUAGAGCCUUGGGAAUGGACUGACUAUGCUUCACUGCAUACUCUGAGUGUCUGUCAUGCUUUGUGACUUGUUCUGAUAACAAGAGUUUGUGUUUUAUUUGCAUGACUGUCUGAUGAUUAACACUGUUGGUUUACCAUUGCAUUCCUCAUGGUAUUAGGUCUGGCCAACUUAAUACUAAUGAUUUAUGUGUAUGGGAACACUAAUGGGUUAUCAUAGACGAAAUAGAAGAAUAGGUAAUGCGAUUUACGGGGUUUGGGAGCGUUAGAGGUUAUGAAGUUAGCUUCGAUUCGACGUAUAAUCUUUAUUCGUGCCACAUGAACUCGUGCUAUCCUUUUCUUCGUUGCUUUCAUUGGAAUUCUCAUGUUUGAUUUUCCUUCUUAGAAUGUGUGCUUGUUUCCCAACCAUACUUUCUCAUUCUUGUAUACCUUUGCUUGCCUAUGAAUCUGAUUGCUUAUGUAACUCCUUGAAUAUCCAUCCUUGACAAUGCCUAUACUUCGGUUCGUAUAUUCUGUUUUCUUUGAUUUCAGUUUGAGCUUAUAUUAUUCUAACAAUUUUCGAGGGCGAAAAUUUUUCUAAGGUGGAUAGAAUGUAACAACCCUAGUUUUUGAAAAUCAAAUAAUUAGUUGUUUGUGAUUUAUUUUAUUUGUUGAUAAUUUUAUUUUAAGAAAAUUAUUUUGCUAAAGGUAAUUAAAUAGAG